UAUUUCUUUGUAUUUUUAUGGAUACUUUAAUGCAUCAAACGUUGAUUGAUGUUAAAAACAACCAUACUGAUAUUAAAAUAGCUGAAGUACUUUUUUCCCCUGCAUGGGACUUGGAGAGGACUACAAAAUUUAUGCAAAACAUUUGGGUACCUUUUGCCUACAAAUUAACUCUUGUAUAUUUAUGUAUUGUUUAUUUUGGUCAAAAAUGGAUGGCUACAAGGAGAGCCGUUGAUAAUGGAACAAUGAAUAUUGUUUUAGCCCUUUGGAAUUUUGGAUUUUCUUUUUUUAGUGGUUAUGCUGCUUGGUGUUUACUGCCCGAAUUAUUACAUGUUAUUGAACGUCGAGGAUUUAUUGGUUCUUAUUGUGAUAAUGCUAAUUAUUAUACUGAUCCAAUUACUGGAUUUUGGGGAUGGAUGUUUGUAAUGAGUAAAGCACCUGAAUUGGGUGAUACACUUUUCUUGAUUCUACGUAAAAGACCAGUAAUUUUCCUCCAUUGGUAUCACCAUGCACUUACUUUUAUUUAUGCAACAAUUACUUAUGCUGAAAGACAGGCUUGGUGCCGUUGGAGUUUGGCAUUAAAUUUAACUGUGCAUACAAUUAUGUAUUUUUAUUUUGGCCUUCAAGCCUUAAAAGUAAAAACACCCCGACUUUUUGCAAAGUUUAUUACAAGUAUACAAAUAUUGCAAUUUGUUAUCUCUUGCUAUAUUUUUGUUCAAUUAUUGAGAAUUAAAUCAGCUAAUAAUAUACGUUGUGAUGCUAGUUGGAAUGUACUCACAUUGGGUGCUUUAAUGUAUUUAUCUUAUUUAUAUUUAUUUGGACAAUUCUUUUACAAUGCUUACAUUUCGCCUAAAGACAAAAAUUACAAAAAGAGGAUAAUUGUAGAUCCAAUUAUGUCUAAUGGAAAUUUAAAGAUGGGAAAGAAUAAUUUAAUUAAUAAAAAAGAUAAAUAA